UCAGCUGUUUUCCAGCCGGUUACAAAAACCAAAACAAAACCAUUUUGUUAGAAAAAAUUGAUUAAUUUUAAACUUGAGUGUUUUUAAAACCAAAUCCCGGCAAUGCAGACUGUCGGUUUUAAUUCCAUCCUCUCUAUGAGGCACUGCGUCCUGCUUACCAGGCGCCAAUUCUCUGCCACGGCACAAUCCGCGCUUUCCGGCUCCCAAACAAAUGAUCAAUUGCCACCGCCGACCAUCAAAUCCUCGGACAAAAUGCGCGGGUGGCAGUUGCACAACUACGGCGACAUUGACGAGCUGCAGCUUUCCGACAAGCUAAAGAUCCCCCAGAUCCGCAGUUCCAACGAGUGCCUCGUGCGGAUCAGGGCCACUGCAGUGAAUCCCAUCGACCUGGCCAUGCUCCGCGGAUACGGAGCCACUGUGCUGAACAAGAUGCGCUGUCAGCCGGGCGAUGGCAUCGAGUUCCCGCUCAUCCUAGGCCGCGAGUUCUGCGGCGAGUUGGUGCAGUCAGGCAUGGGUGUUCCCUCGGACUCGCUGCCCUUGGGAACCCGCGUCUGGGGAGUUGUGCCCCUGCAGUCUAGCGCAGGAGCUCAUGCUGAGUACGUAGCCGUUCCCUCAUAUUGUCUCGCUCCUGCCCCCAAAGAACUGGAUGACUGCGAGGCUGCCAGCGUUUUGUACGCAGGAUUGACGGCCUGGUCGGGCCUGUACAUAACCGGAGGCCUGGGUGGUCCUUGUGGAGCCGCCACAGCUUCCGGCGGAGGUGCCCACAAGCGUGUCCUAGUCUUGGGCGGCUCCGGUGGCGUUGGCACCUUGGCCAUUCAAAUCCUCAAGUCACAAAAAGUUCAGGUUCUCGCAACCUGCAGCGAAAAUGCCAUAGAAAUGGUGCGGAAUCUGGGAGCCGACUUCGUUGUGGACUACAACAACGGCGAGGCCAUGGAGGAGCUGUGCAAAUACGCACCCUACGACAUCGUACUGGACUGUGCUGGCCAGGGAGGCCAGCAGGCGGCGGAAUCAAAGUUUGAUUUCCGGCAGUACAUAACCUUCUCAUCCCCGUUGCUGGCCAACAUCGAUAAGCAGGGAUUGGGACUGGGAGCGCUCAAGAAUGUGUUUGACCUGGUCCAGACCAACGUUAAGUCCGUCACGCAGCGCGGAGGCCUUGUGAAAUGGGGCUUCUUCAGUCCCGCACCCCAAGGCAUUCAAUUUCUACAGAAACUAGUGGAGCAGCGAAAGCUGAUGCCGUUGAUCGAUAGCAGCUACGGGUUCGGUGAUCUGCCAAAGGCCUUUGAGAAGAUGAAGGGCGGACACUUGCGGGGCAAGAUUGUGGUGAAGCUCUGAGAGGAAACGGGCGAAUGACUGACUGAUAUUGUUGAUAUUGUUUCUGUUCCAUUAAACGCUUGUGUUGGUUAAUUAAAACACUAGAGCGAACUACUUUGCGAAACAGAAACACUUUGACGCCAUUGAAUUGCAUCAGAGCUGCUUGCUCACGGUUCAAACAGUGUAAUUCCAAGCCAAUCUACUGACGCAUAUGGAUCUCUAUUACACAAAUUAACCGCGGAUCUGCGAGAUUAGAGGGCUGACGUCCGUCAAGGAUCACCUUUAAAUCACCGUGAAAAGCCGCUCUCAGUCUCCCUUAUCGUCCAUGGAUCUGAGGCGUCCAGCCUGAAGGGCAAUUGGUCGGUCAGGUAGCUGCAGCUCAAGUGAUUCAACUUUGGCGAGCAUACCUUACCAACACCGGCUGGGAUGGGCGUGCGCCCAUCGUUAAACUAUUCUCGGACCAAUGUUGACGAGGCACGACACACGCCAUCGGUCUGCGAAAAUUUCCGUGCGUCUAAUUUUAUUCCAUCGCCUGCCUGGCUAGCUGCCCCAUUAUCGGUUAAGUUCCAAUACCCAGAUUCGUUAUCAGAGGUUGAGUGGCCGGCGGGGCGAUUCCGCAGCACGCGGCCUGCUCGCUCUAAACACAUCGUUCACAUGCGUUCGCAACGCUCCAGAGCAUCAGAACAUGACCAGCUCGGUAUCGCCAAGGUCGAGGCUUUCCAAAGCUAACAAAAAAGCCUCUUCAUCGCCGCUAUCAUCCGACAUAGCCGGCGAAAAAAAAGCGAAGAAUGCACGCGUCUCUGUUUUGUUUUGGUUUUUAUUAAUAGCACUCAAUUUGUUACCGGGCCCGUCACUCUUGAUAUGAUCGGAAUUGCCAAGCUGUUGCCAGCCCAAGUAGGAAUACCCUCUAAAAUGUUUGCUAUCUAAAUGUAUAACAUACGUAUCUAGUGCUUAGUAUAUCUACUUUAGGACCACAGCUGAAAUUAAACUUGGAAUCUAA